AUGUCGCAAUCAGCCCUCCUCAUCGGAGAAAUCUCACACGCGCGCAAGGAAUGGGAGAGUCUCUCCUCGAAGUUGACAUUGAAGGAAUUCCCUAGCGGAACACGAGAGGAGUUCAUCGCGAACUGCAAGGCGGGCCAGUAUGACGAUGUAGUAGCUCUCUACCGGUCUAAUACUUCCACGAAGUACACUGGUCCCUUCAAUGCAGAGAUGGUCGCCGCCCUGCCCAAGUCGCUGAAGUAUAUUUGCCACAAUGGUGCCGGAUACGAUAACAUCGAUGUCGCUGCUUGCUCAGAGAGAAACAUUGCCGUGUCUAGCACACCUGUCGCGGUCAAUGAUGCGACUGCCGAUGUAGGCAUCUUCUUGAUGAUUGGUGCGCUGCGCCAGGCUCAUGUGCCUAUUAUGGCUCUUAGGGAAGGAAAGUGGCAGGGGCCAAUCACCGCUGGAGGAAAGCAAGAGCGCGCCACGCUCGGCCAUGAUCCUAAGGGCAAGGUCCUUGGUAUUCUGGGUAUGGGAGGUAUCGGCCGGGAAAUGGCCAUCCGCGCCAAAGCUUUCGGCAUGAAGAUCCAAUACCACAACCGCUCCCGGCUACCAGCGGAACUAGAAGGUGGCGCAACUUACGUUUCCUUCGAUGAGUUGCUUGCCAAUGCAGACGUGCUCAGUUUGAACCUCGCGUUGAAUGCUUCAACACGCCAUAUCAUCGGUGCCACUGAGUUUGGCAAGAUGAAGGAUGGUGUUGUGAUUGUCAACACGGCGCGUGGAGCGUUGAUUGAUGAGAAGGCGCUUGUUGCGGCGCUUGAGUCUGGCAAGGUGCGCUCUGCUGGUCUGGAUGUGUAUGAAUGCGAGCCUGAGAUUGAACCUGGUCUUGUGAGCAACCCUCGUGUUAUGCUGUUGCCUCAUAUUGGUACCAUGACCUAUGAGACUCAGAAGGAGAUGGAGAUUUUGGUGUUGGAUAACCUGCGGUCGGCUGUUGAGAAGGGGCAGUUGAUUACACAGGGCUCGCUUAGGGCCAGAGCGCCAAGAGCGAAAAAACCGCACCAAACCUGGUGGCUCAAGCGACCGCCGGCCGACGACGAAAAGCGACAACAAUUCAUCACCGAGGACCAUCACACCCCCCUCGCCAACUCCUUCAAGAUGGUCCGUUACGCCGCCCAGGAGAUCGAAAACGGCAAGAGCGCCCGCGCCCGGGGCUCUUACCUCCGUGUCAGCUUCAAGAACACCCGUGAGACCGCCCAGGCCAUCAACGGCAUGAAGCUGUCCAAGGCCGUUACCUUCCUCGAGAACGUCACCACCAAGACCAUGGCCGUUCCCAUGCGCCGCUACGCUGGCUCCACCGGUCGCACUGCCCAGGGCAAGCAGUUCGGUGUCUCCAAGGCCCGCUGGCCCGUCAAGUCCGCUGAGCACAUCCUUGAUCUGCUCAAGAACGCCGAGGCCAACGCCGAUGGCAAGGGUCUCGACACCAACGCCCUGGUUGUCAAGCGCAUCCAGGUCAACCAGGCCCCCAAGGGUCGCCGCCGCACUUACCGUGCCCACGGUCGUAUCAACCCUUACAUGACCAACCCCUGCCACAUCGAGCUCAUCCUCACCGAGGCUGAUGAGGAGGUCAAGAAGGGCCCCCAGGACCUCGAGAAGAAGACCCGCCUCUCUUCCCGCCAGCGUGGCACCCAGAUCCGCCGUGCUCUCAUUGAGGCAUAA